AUGGUACUGCAAACUAUCAGGCGAUUAGUCCUUGGCCAAACACGGUCGACUACAAACUAUCCAAUAGAUCCCACCGAUACAGUGCUGCCAGUAUUUUACUUCGAUGAUACUCCGCUCCUUCGUAACUAUGUACAGUGCUCUACGCUCAGGUUCAAUGACGUGUUGGAUGCAGCAAUGCUUAGGGAGUCUUUGUCUCGAGUGAUCGCCCUUCCAGGAUGGAAGAAGCUUGGUGGACGUGUCCGAAUGAAUAGCAAAGACAAACUCGAAAUUCAUGUACCGGAAACUUUUUCUUCGCAACGGCCUGCUUUUGGGUUCCACCAUACCACCUUCGAUAUCAGUAUAGAUGAACAUCCUCUGGCAUCCAGGCUCCCUAAGCCAGCUCCAGACAACCCGUCUAUCCAGGAGCAGAACCCUGAAUUCAGUACUUUAGGAGUUCCACCAGAUACUCCACUGUGUCUGGACGACUAUCUCAAGUCUGACCAUCCACAAUUAACACUUCACAUUGUAUCCUUCACAGACGCAACUCUGGUGUCCAUCUGUUGGCCUCACAUUGCUGUCGAUGGAAUGAGUCUAGCUCAUCUUGGCCAUGCAUGGAGUCUUUCGCUUGCCGGGCGCGUGUCUGAAAUCCCGCCCAUGAUGUCAGCGAACGAUGACCCCAUGGCCAACGCAGGACGUGACUCUACCUUCACAGGACCGCAUCCCCUGGGAAAACAACAAAUCACCGGUUGGCAGAUGUACAUUUUUGCGUUUUACUACAUCUUAGGUCUACUGCGGUGGCGGACCAUCGAAAGCAAAGUACUGUUCUUACCAAAGACGGUUGUCAAAGAGAUACGCAGUCAGGCUUUGUCAUCCCUCAGCAAAGAACAUACAGCUCCUUUCGUCAGUGAAUCAGACGCAAUAGUCGCCUGGCUGACAAUCGCUGUGACAUCGGCUCUCCUCCCAAAAGGUUCGAACCGCUCUGUUACCAUUGGCAAUGCGUAUGAUCUCCGAGGUCGCGCUCCAUCGCUGUUCCCAGUCUCAGGUGACAAAGGAGCAUACAUCCAAAACGCUGUAUUCCCAUGUUGGGCAAUAGUACCAGCAAAAAUGAUUCAUGGUCGGGACGAAGAUACACUAGGGUCGAUUGCUUUGGCAGUUCGUAGAAGUAUCCAAGAGCAGACAACUGAAGAUUCGAUUCACGCUCAAGCUCGUCUCACGCGGGAUUCAUUGGAGGUUUCCGGAAUACCGCCUCUGUUUGGAGACGUCGACCAGUUUACCAUCCAUUUUGCUAGUGUCAGAGCAGAAUUGGCAGCAUCACUGGAUUUUUGUCCAGCCAUCAAGACCGCAUUCCAGUCAAGUGAGCAUCAGGAUUCUACCAGGAGUGUUUGGAACAUUCAGGGAUCGGCGCUGGCCAAGAGUGGGAUCAACCGGGGGGACCGCCAGCCACUCGCAUCACUGUCGGGGAAGGUUUUGCUUCAUACCGAUUCCCCGAAGUUGUACCUUUUUGGGGCAAUUGCGCCGAGCUGCAGUCGAGCAUUGAUGCAGUCUGAGGGUGAUGUGUCGGCAAGGACCGCAGGCCAGAUUGAUCUCAACAUCUCCAGGCGAAUGGCUGUCACAACCAUUGAGGAUUGA